GCCUCAAAUCAAAACUGCUGGUUUUAAAACGAUCAAACAAUCUCAGCGUGAGCUCCAAAAAAAAAAACUACCAGUCAUCAAUGGCUACUCUUGCCACGUCACCGCCAUCCUCAUCUCUCUUCUCUUCUCCACCGUCCAAUAAGCUUUCUCCACCGUCACUUCUAUCUUCUUCAUCACGCCUCUCUCUUAAAUCAUCAUCUCUAUCUUCUUUUCUCUCUAUAUCUCCAAAUUCUUCAGCAUACCGGCCGUUAACUUCACGGCGCUUCUCUGCUGUCUCUACCGUCACAGUGAAGGCCAGUGCGGCAGCUAAAAAGAAGGUGCUUAUAAUUAAUACUAACAGCGGAGGUCACGCCGUUAUUGGUUUUUAUUUUGCUAAAGAGCUUCUGAGUUCUGGCCAUGAGGUCACUGUUUUCACCGUUGGUGAUGAGCAAUCUGAUAAAAUGAAGAAACCGCCGUUCAGCAGAUUCUCUGAAAUUGUGAGCGCCGGAGGGAAAACAGUAUGGGGAGACCCAGCAGAAGUAGGGAAGGUUGUGGAAGGAGCAACAUUUGAUGUUGUGUUAGAUAACAAUGGCAAGGACAUUGAUACUGUCAGGCCAGUAGCAGACUGGGCUAAGAGUGCUGGUGUGAAGCAGUUUCUAUUUAUCAGCAGUGCUGGAAUCUAUCUGCCUACUGAUGAACCUCCCCAUGUUGAAGGGGAUGCAGUUAAAUCUAGUGCAGGUCAUGUUGCUGUGGAAACCUACAUUGCAGAGACUUUCAGUAGCUGGGCAAGUUUCCGACCACAAUAUAUGAUUGGUUCAGGCAACAAUAAAGAUUGCGAGGAGUGGUUUUUCGAUCGGAUUGUCCGCAACAGGCCAGUGCCGAUCCCUGGGUCUGGAAUGCAGCUAACUAACAUCUCCCAUGUUAAGGACUUGUCUUCAAUGCUUACUAAAGCUGUUGAGAAUUCUGAGGCUGCAGAUGGAAGCAUUUUCAACUGCGUAAGUGACCGCGCUGUCACUUUGGAUGGAAUGGCUAAACUGUGUGCUCAAGCUGCGGGUCUGCCUGUUGAGAUAGUGCAUUAUGACCCAAAGGCUGCUGGAGUUGAUGCAAAGAAAGCAUUUCCUUUCCGGAAUAUGCACUUCUAUGCAGAACCAAGAGCUGCAGAGGAAAUUUUGGGAUGGGAAUCUGCAACUAACCUUCCUACGGACUUAAUAGAAAGAUUUGAUGAGUAUGUCAAGAUUGGAAGAGACAAGAAGCCUAUGAAGUUUGAGUUAGAUGAUAAAAUACUCGAAUCACUUAAAGUUCCAGUAGCAGCAUGAUCUGUUGGAUCAGCAACAUUUAUAGAUCAAGUCAUUUGAUUUGCAGCUAUCGUCUCUUGAAGAGACUGUAAUUUUGUAUUCCUCCAAUUUCAGACUAUUUUUAAGUGGAGAAUGUUGUGUUCUUUUCAAUCCACGGGAAAUAAUUCAUCACAAA